GAUGAAAGUCAUUGGAGAAGGAAAAUGUGCCUAUUGGAAAGCGCAAGAUGGCAACGCCACAGCCUCAAGGUGCACCUCAGCACAUCAGUGGAUUUGCAGCAAAUCUAAAAGUCACGAUGAAAUAUGAAUGAAAAACGUGUUAAAGCUAGUAAACAUAGUUUCUUCCUCCAUAGUGUUGCGCUAUGGCUACCAACAUCCCUGUCCAUGCUGGCUGUGGUUAAUGGGUGCUUGCAUCUUGUUCGCCACCCACCCCUGUGUUAUACAGAGGUACCUCUGGUUAUGAAUUUAAUUCGUUCCGGAGGUCCGUUCUUAACCUGAAACCGUUCUUAACCUGAGGUACCACUUUAGCUAAUGGGGCCUCCCGCUGCCGCCACUGGUGAGCGAUUUUUGUUCUCAUCCUGGGGCAAAGUUCUUAACCCGAGGUACUACUUCCAGGUUAGUGGAAUCUGUAACCCGAAGUGUUUGUAACCUGAGGUGUUUUUAACCCGAAGUACCACUGUAUAGGGAUGCCAUACGACCCAAUUUCCUCCGAAAAUGGCAUCCUGGAUAAUUGUUCGAAAAUUGGGCAAAUGUCCUGGGAAACUGGCAAUGGGGUUUAAAUUGUGCCAGAAAUGCUUUAGAAAGUUCCAAAAGUGGAAAAUAACCCCCACACCACACUGGUUCCCAUAGCUAGAGUCUGCAAAAGCAGAGGGACACAUGACUCUCAAUAAAGGACCAAGCUUAUUACUAACACAUACACACAGCCGCACGCACGCGGAACCCCAUACAGUAUUUCCCCACACAGAGGGUGGACCUCUGUGACCUUCCAGAUGCCGUUCGACUCCAACUCCCAGCAGCCCUUUGUUAGCAUAGCUGUCAACGUUUCCCUUUUUUUAAAGGAAAUUCCCUUAUUCCGAAUAGAAGUCCUCGCAAGAAAAGGGAAAAGUUGACAGCCAUGCUUGUCAGGAUGCCCAGUGGACAGCGGUGUUGGGAACUCCCGUCCAGUAACGAGAGAGACCCCACAGGUCACUUGAACACACACACAGAGACAGACACACACUUGGGCGAGAAUGCUUCUUGCGAGAUCUGCCGCCCAACGCAGAGCCAGGCGAGGGGAGAUCAGCGCUUCCCAUUACUCAACCGCAAGCCUGUGCGCUUUUCUGGGCAUCAGGGUAGUCGGAGUCGAUUCUCUCUCCCGGCCGAAUGGAAGGCGCUCGGGGGCGGCCAGCACUUCGCUCGCUCGGUCCCCUGCUGCCCUGCGCGCUCUGGAGCCGCCGAGCAGCCGACAAAGAGGAGGCGGAGGCGACCCAGCUUGGCAACAAACGGCACUCCGCCAACUUCUCCUCCUGCUCCUCCUCCGCCCUGGAGCUCCUCCUAUCAAAGGUGACGAGGAGAGACCAGCAGCGAAUCCGGCGCGCCACUUUCCUUUGCAAAUCCUUGCAAAUUGCAAAGUUGAGCAGCGGGCGGGUGCUGCCCAGAGCUUCCCCGGACAUCUCCCGUCUUGGAGAAAGCGCGUGCAAAGCACGGGCCAACCUGUGCAGGUACGGCGAUUAAAAACCAGCGAAUCGGGAGCGCGGGGGUCUCGACGUGGGGGCGACAGUAGCGGCGGGGACCGCCAGCCACGAUUGGGAGGGGGGAUGUCGUUGCAUUGCAGCGCAGUUAUCUCAGCUAAAGCAUCCAGGACAGAUGGCCUUCCAAGCUCUGCUUAAGAACCUUGCGAAGAUCCACUUGCGAAGCUAAGCAAGGUCCGGUAUGGUUUCAAAUGGGUUGGGGGAACAAGUGGCGACAUUCCUGCAUCGCAAGGGGUUGGACGAGAUGACCCUCGCGGUCCCUUCCAACUCCACGCAGUUUUUCUUGAGAGGAGCGAGAGCACAGCCUUUUUACCUUGUAUGGCUACAGGAAAGAUGGAAGCCGGAUCAAAAUCCGAGGAAGAGCAUUUGGACACUCCCCACCCGCAUGUUGACCUUGAGCAAAGGGAGGCAUCAGGUAAGGCAUCUCCUUUGCUCCAAGUCUGUGUUCCUGCAGGUGCCGCCUAAACACUUUGCUUCUUUAUGACAGCCCUUUGGCUUCAAGACCUGCUUAUAGCUCUGCAUUGCACUGGACUCUCUGCCUGUGAGGCUGUUGUUUCUGCUCUUCCCAAUACUGCCUUACUAGACAGUCCAGGCCAUGUCUGCUCAGAUGUAUGCCUCGCUUUGUAUAGUAGAGCUUCUUCUCUUGCAAGCGUGGUUUCCCGUUCGCUAUAAUGGGAAAAUUAAAAGCAGCUACAGCUUUCUCUCCUUUUGGCCAGAUCAGGUGACAGCAAAAACUGCAAGGUUUUUAGUGGGGGCAAUUAGAAUAAGAUCUCUUAUUUGAGUAUUGGUGUAAACCCCCAAAAUGUAUUUUCUAUAGUUAAGUUUUUACCUCUAUCUUCAGUAAUAAUAUAAUAACAAUAUUAUAAUAAUUUAUUAUUUAUACCCCGCCCAUCUGGUUGAGUUUCCCCAGCCACUCUGAGUGGCUUCCAAUAUUUUAUUUUAUUUUAUUUAUUUUAUUUUAUUGCUAUGGCUAGUGGCUAAUGCAAGUAAAGAUUCUUCUGCUCUGCUCUGCCUUUUGACCAGAAUGAAUGAGCUGAGUAGAUUAAGCAGAUCCAGUGUUUGUUUUUUGCUGGGGAAGUAAAAGGGAUUCACUUUCCCCCAUGAUCCCUUAUGAGGGAUCCUUAUCCAGCCUGCCCUUCUUAAGUUCUCACAAAUGCUUAUGAGUUUAGCUUUUCUUUUUCCCCCUUUCCUCUGUAGCAUCUCCCAAGAUCUGGAAAUACCUAUCAUUUAAAGAUAUUCUCAUAGGCAUCCUCGUUUUCCUGGUCAUCGCACUUACCAUUACCAUUAUAGCAGGUAAGUUUUCUGAACCUCAGUGUUACUCCCUUAAGCUUUUUCUCUUCCCUCUUGGGUCUGAGGUAGCUGCAUGCCUUCAGCCAGCUUCUCAAAAUCAGAACUUUGGCUAUUGCCUGGCUUUCAGCCACUGCCAUGUCUGACAGCCUUGCCCCAAAUCAGCAGUUCAAUGAUCCAUAUUCUUACAAGGACACACUGAGACCAUGUGCUUUGGCCACAGAUGGGAACAUCUGGCAUGGGGGGGGGGGAGAGAUGCUUAGCCAGAGGGUUAGAGCAGGGGUUGGCAACCUAAGGCCCGGGGGCUGGAUCCGGCCCAAUCGCCUUCUCAAUCCAGCCUGCGGACAGUCCGGGAAUCAGCGUGUUUUUACAUGAGUAGAAUGUUUCCUUUUAUUUAAGAUGCAUCUCUGGGUUAUUUGUGGGGCAUAGGAAUUUGUUCAUUCCCCCCCCCCCCAAAAAAAAAUAAUACAGUGGUACCUCGGGUUAAGAACUUAAUUUGUUUUGGAGGUCUGUUCUUAACCUGAAGCUGUUCUUAACCUGAAGCACCACUUUAGCUAAUGGGGCCUCCCACUGCCACCACACCGCCAGAGCACGAUUUCUGUUCUCAACAUGAAGCAAAGUUCUUAACCCGAGGUAAUAUUUCUGGGUAAGCGGAGUCCGUAACCUGAAGCGUAUGUAACCCGAGUUACCACUGUAUAGUCCGGCCCCCCACAAGGUCUGAGGGAUAGUGGACCGGGCCAUGGCUGAAAAAGUCCCUGACCCCUGGGUUAGAGGGUGGUAUGGUGGUGAGGUCAGAGCAGUGCGGAUGUACCAUCAGAGCCUAUCUGGCACUCCUGCACAGCCCUGACCUCGCCACCUUCUCAGCGCCCAGAUAACACUGGUCAACAACAAAUUUGUUGUCUGCGUUUUUUCAGUUGAUUUAGGACGAAUCUGAUGCGCUGAAUCCAAAAAUCACAUUGGUUUUGCUCAAUCAGGUCAAGUUUUUGAGCUAUGGCCACAUGCCUUUUUUUACGUUUUUGUUCACAUGUGUGGAGCAUUUUAGAAGAAAUUGGUGGGGGUAAAAUGCCAUGCCGAUCUGGGCGCUGAGAAGGUGGCGAGGUCAGGGCUGUGCAGGACUGUACUAUUUCUGGGUUAGCGGAGUCUAUAACCUGAAGCGUCUGUAACCUGAAGCGUCUAUAACCUGAGGUACCACUGUAUGCCUCUCCAAAUGGGUGGAUUGGGCAGGUUACCCCAGUUCUCUAUUCCUUCCACAGUGACAGCCCCCAGAGAAGCCAAGCAACCGGGUCAUCAGCUGGUUCCCUCCGCGCUCUGCAGUCUACCAUGUCCACAUCACUGGAUUGGCUAUGCGGGGAAGUGCUAUUACUUUUCGAAGAAGAAAAGGAAUUGGAACUCCAGCAGAAGCUACUGCGAGUCACACAAUGCCUCCUUGGCUAGGAUUGAAAGUGAGGAGCAGGUAAGAGAGGGGUCGUUUGGCACCAAGGGGUGAUGCUCGUCCCCUCUUAGGGAGCAUGAUGAAAUGAGUCGCCUUAUCUAUGAAGUUAACUACGCCUUGUAACCUAGAAUAUCUUGCAGAAUUUCAGUGGCUGCUUUAAGGGCAAAGCGACUUUGGUGUUGGAGACAAUCUGGAGAAAUGAUGGAAAGAAAGAAAGAAAGAAAGAAAGAAAGAAAGAAAGAACGAAAGAAAGAAAAUUUAUAAUCCUUGCUUACCAGGCGAAAAAGCACAUGGGGCACGGAAAAUAAUAAUAAUAAUGAUUUUAUUUACAGCCCAUCUGACUGGGUUGCCCCAGCCAAUCCGGCGGCUUCUAACAUAACAUAAAAAUACAACUAUGCAUCACACAUUUUUUUAAAAACCCCACUCCUGUCAUUUCUCUGCUCUAAAUUUCCUACUCCUGGUGCUGCUUCACUUAAAAAAAAAGAAGGUGGGUCACUAAACUCCUGGUUUAUAUGACAUAUCAUGCAAAGCCCACGAGCAAUAAGAAUAUUAUUCUACAGAAAAGUAACUUCCACUGAGUUCAGCAAGGCAUAGUCUCUGAUAAGUGUGUGUAAGGGGUGGGAGUGGAUCCGGCCAAGAGUUCAAAUCCUGACUGCCUGUGGGCAACUUUGACAGCUGGGGAGCAAAGGCACAGGGCUUUGCAGGUGCCAACUGAUAAAGCCAAGGAUAUAACAGGUGGAUGUGGUUGGGCCAAACAGAGUCAUGGGGAAAUUAGGACCCAGCCCAGGCCUAGUUGGGUCCAUGAACUGGAAGUUUAAAGGAUUAGCUACCAUUGUAUAUACACCAUGGCAGCCGCUGGGAAGUGAAGAAAAGGAUGGGGAAAGAGAAAAGGGUGCUGGAAACAGGGAGAAAGGAGGUUGUUGUGGACUCUCCUUCCUUGGAGAUUUUUAAGUAGAGGUUGGGUGGCCAUCUGUCAUGGAUGCUUUAGUUGAGAUUCCUGCUUUUGGGGUUGGACUAGAUGACCCUCGGGGUCUCUUCCAACUCUACGAUUCUGUGACCAUUGGCUUUCUCUCCACCCACAACAAGCAUGUGGCUUCAAGACAUUACCCCAAAGGGAAUACAGCCCUUGAAAGAAAAAUAGGUUGCCCACUCCUGCGUUACACAUGCUAGGGAGUAAGCCCCAUUGAACGCAUUGAAAUGAAUUUUAUAUAUUAUUAUUGUAUAUUAUUAUUAAUAAUAAUAACAACAACAACAACAAUAAAAUUUUAUUUAUAUCCCGCCCUCCCCAGCCGAAGCUGGGCAACAACAAUAAAAGUAACACAGUUUACAUAAAAUCACAAUCAAUUAAUUGAAAUGCAUUCUAAAAUCAAUUCAUUCUAAAAUCAAUUCAAAAUCAAAUUAAUGGCCACCAUGACUGUUAUCAUCAACUAGGUGUACUUGCUGACAUUUUCAUCUGACAUGUUGACUGCGUGUUUACUGGCCGAAGUGCUUAUCUGUGAAUAGCGCAGGGCAGAAUUCUAACAUCCAUUUUCUCUGGUCUUCAAAGGUGUAUGUGAAGCGUCUUGCUGGCAACCAUGACUUCUGGAUCGGUCUCAGAAGAGACCCAGGUCAACCCUGGAAAUGGCUAAAUGGAGAAAAUUCAACGUGAGUCCCUUUCAGUUUUCGGUGCUGAGGCGUCAGCAACCAAAACUUCGCCAAUUCACUGUUAACGGGAUGGAUUCUGUGGCUGUUAUUCUUCCCAGUAUAAUUCUGAAUCAGAUGUCAAAAUUUAUGCGCAGCUGAAAGCCAGGCGCAAUACCAAAAAUACCGAAUAAGAAACUCAGUUUCAUUGAAUCUCUGUAGGUAAACAGUUCCCUUUAUCUUUCAUAGUUUGCUUUCUUUCAUAGAUUGCUUUCCCCUACAAUAAGUCCAAGCAACGGAUGGAUUUAUAAACAAUAUUUAAAAUAAGAAAGCAAUGGCAGACUUUAUAGGGAUUUGUUUAUUAUGUUUGGUGUACUGUCAAUAAUCUUGACGCAUUUAUGAUAUGCUGACGGCUGCAACCUUAGAUAGAGGAAAAACCUGAAAAAUUGUAUGAACCACAGUUAUGACAAGUGAUUGAGGCCUGUUGAAGCAUUCAUAUCUUUGGUCAUCAGUUUCAUGAAAAUCAGCUUGUAGAGGCUCCGAGGGCCUUCUGGAAGUUCCCUCACUGCAAGAAGAGAGAUUACAGGGAACCAGGCAGAGGGCCUUGUCAGUAGUGGCCCCCGCCCUGUGGAACGCCUUCCCAUCGGAUGCCAUGGAAAAAAACAGCCAUCUGACUUUUAGAAGACACCUGAAGGCAACCAUGUUUAGGGAAGUUUUUAAUGUUUUGUCCCUUUUUAUUUUCAUGAUUAAUAUUCUGUCAGGAGCCACCCAGAGCGGCUGGGGAAACCCAGCCAGAUGGGCGGGGUAUAAAUAAUAAAUUAUCAUUAUUAUUAUUAUUAUUAUACAGUGGUACCUCGGGUUACAGACGCUUCAGGUUACAGACUCUGCUAGCCCAGAAAUAGUACCUCGAGUUAAGAACUUUGCUUCACGAUAAGAACAGAAAUCGUGUAGUGGCGGCGCAGCGGGAGGCCCCAUUAGCUAAAGUGGUGCUUCAGGUUAAGAACAGUUUCAGGUUAAGAACAGACCUCCGGAACGAAUUAAGUUCUUAACCCGAGGUACCACUGUAUUAUAGUAGAGAUGUUUCAACAAUGAGCUUGUUUCCUUUUAUUAAACUCUGCUUACAUCUCCAUCCUUUUCUGGGCCAUUUUAUUUUAGUCCGCCAGGUUUUUCUCCCGCCCACCACCUUUGUGCUAGACUUUAGAAAAAGCCUGAAGAAAGAUCAUCUUGAGCUAUGUGCCUGCUGCUUUGAUACAGGUUUGUGAUGCUUUGUGUUGCAGACUCAGAAUUGCAGGAAAAGGUGGGGAAUGUGUCCAUCUCAACAACGAAGCCAUAGCUGUCGCCUCGGGCUGCCACACAGAACUUCCUUGCAUCUGCAGCAAACCUUCUGCAUGUACAAGUUCUAAUUGUUUAUCAGCCUCAUAGCCCAAACACUGGAGGAGAGCUGGAGUGAGUGAGUAAAGUCAAGAAAAUAAGGAGCCAAGAUGACGAAUGGAUGAACUGGGUAGGAUACCACCCUAAGUAUGGCUAGGAAUUUCUUCUUAAAUGCAAAUACACUCAGAAUUUGUACUAUUUGGGCAGCCUUGGAGGCUGCUAUUAGAUACUCCCCAGCAACUGCAUUGUGGAGCAUCUAGUAGGAUGGGGUACAAUUUAAACUAAUUAUCUCGUAUUUGAAAAAUACUCAGCCAUGCAGUUAGAAUGCUUAGAAGGAGUGAUACUAAAAUGAAAUGGAAAUGGAGUUCAUCGUAAAGGAAAGGACAACGUGCACUUAGAAUUUUGCCA